GGUGACCUUUUAAAGUACAGGCUGUGGCGGGGACUGAGCCGUAGACUGGAUAUGUGUUGACGGUCUACGGACUGAGCACAACAAGCCAGGGGGCACGUUACGUAAGCGCGCAGCCACAGCAGGCAUUUAAACGGGGAGGCUGCGAAGCUCCAGCUGGAAACUUUCCCUCCGCUCCGCGAGCGUGUCUUCGCCCAGACAGCAGACUUUUCUACUUCGAGCACCCAGACAUGUCUUCAUGUUUGAACGAGGCCAGGAGAGUCGCUAUCUUCGGAGGGACUCACGGGAACGAGAUGUCCGGCGUGACGCUGGUCAACCUGUGGGUGAAGAACAGCGCCGAGAUCCAGAGGAAAGGGGUCGAGACCAAACCUUUCAUCACCAACCCGAAGGCGGUGGAGAAGUGUACCAGAUAUGUGGACACGGACCUGAACCGAGCCUUUACCCCAGAAAACCUCAGUGCCCCGGGAGGAGAUGACCUGCCCUACGAGGUCCAGAGAGCCCAGGAGAUCAACAGGCUAUUCGGACCCAAAGAAAGCCCGGACGCUUACGAUGUUAUCUUCGACCUCCACAACACCACGUCCAACAUGGGCUGCACUCUGAUCCUGGAGAGCUCCAAAGACCACUUCAAUCUGCAGAUGAUGCACUACAUCAAGAAAGCCAUCGCUCCAGCCAGUUGUCUCGUUCUGCUGACUGAACAUCCUCUUUUGCAAUAUUCCACUUCACGCUCUGUUGCCAAGCACCCCGUUGGUCUGGAAGUGGGUCCUCAGCCUCAAGGUGUUUUGAGGAGCAACAUCUUUGAAGCUAUGAGGGUAAUCCUGAAACAUGCCCUGGACUUCAUCGAACUCUUUAAUGAAGGCAUGGAGUUCCCUCCCUGUACAGUGGAAGCUUUCCGGGUCUUGGAGAGGAUUGACUACCCCAGGGAUGCCAAUGGAAACAUCAUUGCCAUGGUGCACCCCAAUCUGCAGGACUGUGACUGGGAGCCGCUGAACCCCGGUGACCCUAUGUUCCAAACGUUUGAUGGAAAGACCAUCCGCUACCAUGGCUCGGGCACCGUCUAUCCCACUUUUAUUAAUGAGGCAGCCUAUUAUGAAAAACAACAGGCAUUUGUUACCACCAGGCGAGAAGCCUUGGUAGCGAGUGCCAUCAGAAAAGUAUGAAAGCUGCUUGGGAAGGCUAUCAACGAUCAUGUGUUGGCCACAAAACAUUCUCUGUGUAUAGAUUUUGCACUUUGUUCUGUUAGCACAUGACAGACUUUCCUCACAUAAUGCUAAAUACCAUCUUUUACACCCUUGAUUUAGUUUUCUAUGCAUUUACUUUUAGAAGAAUCUAUUAACUAUGCAAAGAACAUUUUUUUGGCGGUUUUGCAAUGAGUCACUGUGGAAGUCUUUGAUGGGAAGACUGGUAUAUUGCUGUGGUAAGUAUUUAUGAUACUGUUAUUUUAAAAGAAAUACAUUAAAUUAAUUAAGUUUUAUAAUAUUAAAGGCCAGACCUAAUCAUUGAUGGCUUAUGAAUCAUUAUACAUCACUUUUUAAGUUUCCUACUACUGCUCAGGACGGACAUUUUGGAUCAUAACCUGCAACUUUUGACUGUUGUUUGUCUUCUUGAAAAUAUAUUUGUAACGUCUAUGGGAGGGUGUUUGUGGCCUUAGAUCCUACCUACUGUACCCGUGACUCCAGUGGUUGCAUCUGUGGUGCUGUCCUAUUGUUGCCUUAAUAGAGAUUACAGUAAAAAAAAAAAA